CGCUCAGUCUUCAUCGUUGUCGCGUGUCGCUUUGCCGCGCGAGUUUGCUUAUCGCGGAACACUACGCAGGCGAAAUUAAACGAAAAUAAUAUAAUCCCAAUCUUAAAUCGGAUUUAAUCAUCUUUAAGCUACCGAUUUGUGUUUAAAUUGAUUGGAAAAGUGUGUGGCCUUGUAGGAGGUUAAGCGGCGCAUAUAGGCGUGAUCAGAAAUAUGCAUGGAAAUGUGUGAAAAUCGUAAUUGAAAAUAGUCCAUUGUGUUUGCUUGCGCUAACGCUGACGCAGACGUUGACGUCGUCGUCCUCUGCUGCGACCAGAGUCUUAAAAGUUGCCUUUUGGCGUUGUCGCGUUGUUAUUACCGCUGCAACAGCGGCUUGUGGGCGCGGGGGCGUAAUUGUUGACGUUGCUCUGAGCGUAUAUUUUAUGUUUCGCCUUCUUCUGCUGCCCCGUACGCGGAAUUGUCGCGUGUAUUUUUUUCCUUCUCUUCUGCGUUUGCGUUUACGUUUACGUAUUGACAGUAACUGCGGCGAGCGCGUCGCUGCUCAAACAUUGUUAUUGUUAUUAUUGUUUGCGGUCGGUCGCCGUUUUUGUUUCUGUUUCUGCUUCGGCAUCUGCUUGUGCCGCUGCUAUUGCUAUUCAGCUUCCCCUUUUGCGCUUUUGUGGUUAAGUGCGCGUACUCAAGGUGAAAAAUAUAUUGAGUUCUUUCAAGUGCCAUUUCGAGUGUGUGUGGCCAUAAAAUUUAAUUUGCAAUCAAAUUAUUCGAUUUACGGUCAGUGAGUGAGUGCUUUUGCUCCCAUAUUCAUAGACAUUCAUACAUACAUAUGUAUGUAUAUACCGCUGUGCCGAAGAUCGAUCUGAUGAAUCAGCUAUUAUAAUGUGUAAACAUUCUGAUGCCAGCGAAUCUCUAAAGCGCCAAACAGUUUAGAUUCAAACUGAUAAUUCACACACUGCGACAACAAGGACAGCGACAAAUCUUUGCAAUUAACUCGCAUAACCGGCCACAGACAAAAGCAAAGGGGCAAGAGCAAAGUCCUAGAGAGCAGGCGGAUACCACCCACCGUCAAUCCGCACACACCCACACAUACACAUUCAUUCGCCCACACACAACAGUAGGACACGUUGCUUCGGCCCACACGCAGCAACAUGGGCGACAAUAUAAUUGGCUCGGCGAGCUUCCUUCACUUGGGCGACAUUGUUUCCCUCUAUGCGGAGGGCAGCGUUUGCGGCUUCUUGAGCACACUCGGUCUGGUGGACGAUCGAACCGUCGUUUGCCCCGAGGCCGGAGAUUUGAGUUGCCCGCCCAAGAAGUUUAGAGAUUGCCUUAUCAAAAUAUGUCCCAUGAACCGUUACUCUGCUCAGAAGCAGUUCUGGAAGGCAGCCAAACAGUCGGCCAGCUCCAACACAGAUCCCAAUCUGCUGAAGCGUUUGCAUCAUGCCGCUGAAAUCGAGAAGAAGCAGAAUGAAACGGAGAACAAAAAGCUGCUGGGCACAUUCAUACAGUACGGGCGCGCCGUGGUGCAGCUGCUCCACUUGAAGUCGAACAAAUAUCUGACCGUUAACAAGCGGCUGCCGUCGCUGCUGGAGAAGAAUGCGAUGCGUGUGUAUUUGGAUGCGAAUGGCAAUGAGGGCUCUUGGUUUUACAUCAAACCCUUCUACAAGCUGCGCUCCAUUGGCGACUACGUUGUGGUGGGCGACAAGGUGAUCCUCAGUCCGGUGAAUGCCGAUCAGCAGAACUUGCACGUGGCCGCAAACUAUGAGCUGCCCGACAAUCCCGGCUGCAAGGAGGUCAACGUACUAAAUUCAUCAACGUCGUGGAAAAUCUCGCUGUUCAUGGAGCACAAAGAGAACCAGGAACAUAUACUCAAGGGUGGCGAUGUGGUGCGUCUCUUUCAUGCCGAGCAGGAAAAGUUUCUAACCAUGGAUGAGUACAAGAAGCAGUACCACGUCUUCCUCCGCACCACGGGCCGCACCAGCGCCACUGCGGCGACCAGCAGCAAAGCGCUCUGGGAGAUUGAGGUGGUGCAGCACGACUCAUGUCGUGGUGGUGCCGGCGACUGGAAUUCCUUGUACCGUUUCAAGCAUCUAGCCACGGGCCACUAUCUGGCUGCCGAAGCCGAGUCCGAUGUAGUUGCUGGGACGAACGCUGCAAACGGCCAUGAGUCUUUGUUGGGCGACUGCAGCAAGGACUCGGGGCUCAGCUCUACCAUGAACUCCACUCUAAAUGACAAACCGAAGGGCAAACUGUAUCGCUUAGUCUCAGUGCCAUAUUCGGCUGAUAUAGCCUCUGUGUUUGUGCUGGACGCUACAACAAUGGCUCGGCCGGAUAGCCUGGUGCCGCAGUCCAGUUAUGUGAGACUGCAGCACAUUUGCUCCAACACCUGGGUGCACGCGACGUCGAUACCCAUCGAUGCGGAUGACGAUAAGCCGGUCAUGUCGAAGGUGUGCUGCUCGCCCAUCAAGGAGGACAAGGAGGCCUUUGCACUGAUCCCCGUGUCGCCGGUGGAAGUUCGUGAUCUAGACUUUGCUAACGAUGCGUGCAAGGUGCUGGCCAUGGUGACCAGCAAGCUGGAUAACGGCAGCAUAUCAAUCAAUGAGCGGCGAGCUCUGAUCUCGCUGCUGCAAGACAUUGUGUACUUCAUAGCCGGCAUGGAGAAUGAGCAGAACAAGACUAAGGCACUCGAAUUUACCAUUAAGAACCCCAUACGCGAUCGACAGAAGCUGCUGCGCGAGCAGUAUAUCCUAAAGCAGCUGUUCAAAAUAUUGCAAGGACCCUUUCAGGAGCACAGCGCUGGCGAUGGACCAUUCCUGCGGUUGGACGAGCUGAGCGAUCCCAAGAAUGCCCCGUACAAAAAUAUCUUCCGACUUUGCUAUCGCAUUUUGCGGCUCUCGCAGCAAGACUAUCGCAAAAACCAGGAGUACAUUGCCAAGCACUUUGGUCUGAUGCAGAAGCAGAUCGGCUACGAUAUCCUUGCUGAAGACACAAUCACCGCACUGCUGCACAACAAUCGGAAGCUGCUGGAGAAGCACAUUACGGCAGCUGAGAUCGAGACCUUUGUGGGUCUUGUGCGCAAGAACAUGAACAACUGGGACUCGCGUUUCCUCGACUAUCUCUCCGACCUGUGCGUCUCGAAUCGCAAGGCUAUCGCUGUCACCCAGGAGUUGAUCUGCAAGAGCGUGCUUAGUGAUAAGAAUGUUGACAUUCUGAUCGACACACAGGUCAAGGCGCUUCGUGGCGGCAACUCAGUGCGCUGCUACAAGGGCGCCUCCGAGGAUGUGUGCCUGUCUACGCUUACCGAGGUUGCCGGCGAUGACGAGGAUCGCUCCGACGUGCAGUCUACCUCCACCUCGACCACAUGGGACAGUGCGAGUCUGAACGAUGACGAGAGUGUGCUGCCGGGCGAGAAGUACGAAAUACAUUUGCAAUGGAAGGGCCAACCGUCAUCGCGCUCCAUGGCCGAUCUGGCCAACUGCGUGGCCGAGGGUUGCGAGCAGGAGACGGCUAUUUUGAACUACUAUCGUCAUCAGCUGAAUCUGUUCUCGAACAUGUGCCUGAAUCGUCAGUACUUGGCUCUAAAUCGGUUGUCGCCCCAAUUGGAUAUUGAUUUGAUAUUAAAAUGCAUGUCUGAUGAAACGAUGCCCUAUGAGCUGCGUGCCUCGUUUUGCCGUCUGAUGCUGCACUUGCAUGUGGAUCGAGACCCGCAGGAGCCAGUCACGCCCGUGAAAUACGCCCGACUGUGGAGUGAAAUACCCUCCAAAAUGUCCAUUAUGGACUAUGAUGGCAAGAAUCUUCAGCCGGAUCAGAACAAACAGGCCUGUCGAGCCAAAUUCAACACGACUAUCGCCUUUGUGGAAAACUAUUUGUGCAAUGUGGCCACCAAGGUGUGGCUAUUCACGGAUCAGGAGCAGAACAAGCUGACCUUUGAGGUGGUUAAACUGGCCAGGGACUUGAUAUACUUUGGCUUCUACAGCUUUAGCGAUCUGCUGCGCUUAACGAAGACUCUGCUCUCCAUUCUGGACUGCGUGUCCGAGACGACAACCGGAGGCUCCUUCGUCAAUACGGAUAUCGAUUCUGUCGAAGAGGAGACGAGCAAUAAUGCUGAGGGCGGCGUGCUACGCUCCAUUGGUGACAUGAGCACGGUGAUGACUUCGCUGGCGUUGGGCUCCGUUGGCCAAGCGAUUGCAGCGCCUUCCAUAGCACUUCAACAGCGCAAGUCCGUGUCGCAACUUAUGAAGGAAUAUCCGCUAGUCAUGGACACCAAAUUGAAGAUCAUUGAAAUACUUCAGUUCAUCUUGGACGUGCGCCUAGACUAUAGGAUCAGCUGCCUGCUCUCAAUAUUUAAACGCGAGUUCGACGAAUCCGAAGUGGUUACUCAAGCCCCACCAACUGGUGCAAAUGAGGAGCAGAACCAGCAGACCACACCUGGCAGCACAGGCACCACUGACGCAGAGCAAAUUGCCGCUGCAGAGGCUGCCAUGGCUGCAGCGGCAGCUGCAUCUGCAGCAGCGGCCCGUCAGAAGAAUAUCGAUCUGGAAUCCAUUGGCAUACAGGCGGAGGGCAUCUUCGACUGUGAGCGCAGUGAUGCGGCCAACUUGGAUCUGGAUGGUCAAGGAGGACGCACAUUUCUGCGCGUCCUGCUGCACCUAAUCAUGCACGACUAUGCACCACUUGUGUCUGGCGCUCUGCAUCUGCUUUUCCGACACUUUAGCCAGCGCCAAGAGGUGUUGCAAGCCUUCCGACAGGUGCAACUGCUCGUCUCGGACAGUGAUGUGGAGUCCUAUAAGCAGAUCAAAUCCGACCUGGACAUAUUGCGCCAGAGUGUGGAGAAGUCCGAGCUGUGGGUGUACAAGGCCAAGGCAACGGAUGAGCUGGGUGGCACGGAUGCAGCAGGCGGUGCGGAUAAUCUGGAAUACGAUGCCACGCUCUCGCCAGAGCAACGCAGCGAAUAUCAAAAGGUCAAAGAGAUCCUCAUUCGCAUGAACAAGUUCUGCGUUACGGAUGGUGCGUACUCCUUUAUAUUCUUACCUCUUAUAUUACUCAUGCUCGAACAUCUCAAUUCAGGUCCCAUUGUCAAGCCGCGCAAGCACGAGCAGCGCCUACUUCGCAAUGUAGGCGUGCACACAGUUGUCCUGGAUUUGCUACAGAAUCCAUAUGACGAGAAGGACGAUGUGCUGAUGAAGGAGCUGAUGUGCCUGGCGCAUGAAUUCCUACAGAACUUCUGCCUAGGCAAUCAGCAGAAUCAAGUGCUGCUGCACAAUCAUCUUGAUUUGUUCCUCAAUCCAGGCAUUCUCGAGGCGAAAACAGUCUGCGCCAUCUUCAAGGACAACUUGGCGCUUUGCAAUGAGGUGACGGACAAAGUGGUGCAACACUUUGUGCACUGCAUCGAGAUCCACGGCCGACAUGUGGCAUAUUUGCAGUUCCUGCAGACCAUCGUCAAAGCAGAGAACCAGUUCAUACGCAAGUGUCAGGACAUGGUCAUGCAGGAGCUCAUCAAUGCCGGCGAGGACGUGUUGGUGUUCUACAACGACAAGACCUCGUUCCACCACUUUGUGCAAAUGAUGCAGCAGCAGCAGCAGCAACGUGGUCAACAGCUCAGAGACGACAGUCCGCUGAAAUAUCAUGUGGAAUUGGUGAAGCUACUCGCCUGCUGCACCAUGGGCAAGAACGUCUACACGGAGAUCAAGUGCAAUAAUUUGCUGUCGCUGGACGACAUUGUGACCAUCAUAUGCCAUCCGUUGUGCAUUCCCGAGGUCAAGGAGGCGUAUGUGGACUUCCUCAAUCAUUGUUAUAUUGAUACCGAAGUGGAGAUGAAAGAGAUCUAUGCCUCCGGUCACAUGUGGAGUCUGUUCGAAAAGAGUUUCCUGGUGGACCUUAAUCUGUUGAUAUCAAACACCUCAGCCACCGCUAACAAGACACUGCUGGCCUAUGUACUGAAUGGUGUGACCAAUUUGCUGAGCAGCUUCUUCUCCAGCCCCUUCUCCGACCAGAGCACAAUAGUUCAGUCGCGGCAGGUGAUCUUUGUGCAACUACUGCAGGCCGUUUACCGGCUUACUCAAUGCAAGUGGCUAUCAUUGGCGGAUCGUUUCAACGUAGAAAACUGCAUCCGUACUCUGACAGAAUCAGCCAAGAUGCGCAGCAUUGUGCUGCCCUUGGAGCUGGAGCAGCAGGUGACUAAUAUGUCUAGCAAAACUGCAAUGCUAACACGACAGACGACCAAGUGGCUGCUGGCCUCCAAGCAGCCCAAGUAUGAUACUCAGCAGUCGGCCCAUCUGAUGCGCUGGGAUCGCUCCAUCAUUGAGGGAUUGCAGGACAUUGUCUCGCUGUUGGAGGAUCAACUGAAGCCGGUCGUCGAGGCGGAGCUUUCAUUACUAGUCGACAUACUUUAUCGCUCCGAACUGCUUUUCCCUGCGGGUACCGAGGCGCGUAAGCGCUGCGAGAGUGGAGGCUUCAUACGCAAGCUAAUCAAGCACACAGAGAAGUUGCUGGAGGAGAAGGAGGAGCGCAUGUGUGUGAAGGUGUUGCGCACUCUACGCGAAAUGAUGGCUAUUGAUGUCAACUAUGGCGAAAAGGGAGAUGCCCUACGUCAAACACUUCUGCUGCGCUACUUCCAGUGCAAGAGUGCGCCAAAGCUGGAGGAGGAGCACCCACAACUGCCGACGGGCGUGGCGGCUGCUGCAGCUUUGGCCGCGGCGGCCGCCUCCGACCCGGCCAAGCAAUUGCAUUUGGUGACCCACGGACCUGGUGCCAAGUAUCUGGCGCGUGCGGACAAGACGCUGCACGAAAUGCAGAAUCACCUGGAUCGCGAGGGUGCCUCCGAUUUGGUAGUAGAGUUGGUCAUCAAAUCGGUGCAUUCACCCAACAUCUUUGUGGAGGCCGUGGAGCUAGGCAUAGCAUUGCUCGAGGGCGGAAAUCCCAUUAUACAGAAGGGCAUGUUCCAGAAGUUCCUCAGCGAUGAUCUAAAUCAAGCGUUCUUCAAGGUCUUCUUUGAGAAAAUGAAGGAUGCACAGCAGGAAAUUAAGUCGACGGUCUCCGUCAACACUACAGAUAUAGCAGCCAAAGCGCACGAGCAUAAGCAAGAUACCAACAUGGAGCUAGACAAAAUCUCGCGCAAGCACGGCCUCAAGAGCAAUGGGGUUGUCAUCACGGACGAGCUCAAACGGGAGCUGCACAAUGCAGGCCUGGCCACAGCACGCGCCUACGGCAACGCGCGCAACAUACACUCGGGCGAGGAGAGCUCAGCGAUCAGUGUGAAUAGUCCGCUGGAGGACAUACUAGCCGAAAAGUUGGAGAAGCAUCGAGACAGCAAGGAGCAGCGCAACCAGCUGUCGAACAAGGUGCUCGUCAUGCAGCCCAUUCUGCGCUUUCUGCAAUUGCUUUGUGAGAACCACAAUCCAGAUCUGCAGAAUCUGCUGCGGAAUCAGAACAACAAAACCAAUAAUAAUCUCGUGUCCGAAACACUCAUGUUCCUCGACUGCAUCUGCGGCUCCACCACGGGUGGCCUGGGUCUACUCGGCCUCUACAUCAAUGAGCACAAUGUGGCUUUGAUUAAUCAAACUCUGGAGACACUCACCGAGUACUGCCAGGGGCCGUGCCACGAGAACCAGAACUGCAUUGCCACCCACGAGUCGAACGGUUUGGAUAUCAUCACGGCUUUGAUAUUGAACAACAUAAAUCCGUUGGGGGAGAAUCGCAUGGAUCUGGUGCUGGAGCUGAAGAACAAUGCCUCCAAACUGUUGCUGGCCAUUAUGGAGAGUCGUGGCGACAGUGAGAAUGCGGAGCGCAUACUCUACAACAUGAAUCCCAAGCAACUGGUCGAGGUAGCCUGCAAGGCCUACCACCAGGAAGAACUCAUUGACGAGCAGGAUGAUGGAGAUGAGCCGAGUGCCGCCACAGAUGACGACGAUGCAACGGUCAGUCCCCGCGAAGUGGGCCACAACAUUUACAUACUUUGCCAUCAGCUAGCACAGCACAAUAAGGAGCUGGCGGCCUUGCUCAAGGCCUCUGAAGAUCCGCAGUCGGCCAGCUUCGACGCGAAAACCAGUCAAGCUCUCAUGUACUACGCAACACAUACGGCACAAAUCGAGAUUGUUCGCAAUGACCGCACACUGGAGCAAAUUGUAUUCCCCAUACCUGAAAUUUGUGAAUAUUUGACAACAGACACGAAAAUCAAAAUACUUAAUACUGCGGAACGCGAUGAUCAGGGCUCCAAAGUAGCCGACUUCUUUGACAAGGCCGAGGAGAUGUUUAACGAAAUGAAGUGGCAGAAGAAACUGCGAAGUCAGCCGUUGCUCUUCUGGAUCAGCAGCUACAUGUCGCUAUGGAGCAAUAUACUAUUCAAUUGCGUUGUGGUAAUCAAUAUGAUCGUGGCUUUCUUCUAUCCUUUCGACAAUACUGUACCAGAGCUCAGUUCGCACAUUUCCCUGCUAUUCUGGGCCAUUUUGAUAUUCUCAUUGAUUAUAGUCAUUACGCUGCCGCGUGAGUCAGGCAUACGCACUUUCAUUGGCUCCGUAAUUCUUCGUUUUAUAUUUGUACUUGGGCCAGAAUCCACACUCUGUUUGCUGGGCGUUGUUACGGUUACGCUUAAGAGCGUGCAUAUUGUGAGCAUAAUGGGCAACAAGGGCACGUUAGAGAAGCAUUUUCUGAAGAUCAUCACCGACUUUCAGCUGCUCUAUCAUUGCAUUUAUAUAGCAUUUUGUUUCUGCGGACUUAUUUUCCAUCCAUUCUUCUACUCACUGCUGCUGUUUGAUGUUGUCUACCGAGAAGAGACGCUGGUCAACGUGAUUCGCUCGGUUACACGUAACGGUCGCUCCAUUGUUUUGACCGCCGUUCUGGCAUUGAUUUUGGUUUAUCUAUUCUCUAUAAUUGGCUACAUGUUCUUCAAAGAUGAUUUUCUCGUUCCGGUGGACUAUGAAGAGCAGGAAGCCGGGUCGGCUGCUGGCCCUUUGACUUUAUCGGUGCCAGCGUCUGCGGAUCAGUUCUGUGCCAUGCCAGAUGAACAUGGCAGCUGUGAGGGUAGUACUAAGCAGAAUGGACCUGCAACUGUCAUUGCCAGCGGAGAAGUGAAGGAACGCUCGUGUGACUCACUGGUCAUGUGCAUUGUAACGACACUAAAUCAAGGCCUACGAAAUGGUGGGGGCAUUGGCGAUAUUCUAAGAGCACCCUCGAGCAAGGAGGGUCUUUUUGUGGCGCGCGUCAUCUACGAUCUACUGUUCUUCUUCAUUGUCAUUAUUAUCGUGUUGAACCUGAUCUUUGGUGUCAUUAUCGACACAUUUGCCGAUCUGAGAUCGGAAAAGCAGCAAAAAGAGGCUAUACUCAAGACAACCUGUUUCAUCUGUUCGCUCAAUCGUUCAGCCUUCGACAACAAGACAGUCAGCUUUGAGGAGCACAUCAAGAGCGAGCACAAUAUGUGGCACUACCUGUACUUCAUAGUGCUGGUCAAGGUCAAGGAUCCCACAGAGUUCACAGGCCCCGAGAGCUAUGUAUACGCCAUGGUUAAGGCAGGCAUUUUGGAAUGGUUCCCAAGGCUACGCGCCAUGUCGUUGGCUGCAGUGGAUGCUGAUGGCGAGCAGAUCGAGCUACGUAGCAUGCAGGCACAGCUCUUGGAAACGCAACUCCUAAUCAAGAAUCUAUCGACGCAGCUGCACGAGCUCAAAGACCACAUGACAGAGCAGCGCAAACAGAAGCAGCGGCUAGGACUGCUCAACACUACAGCUAAUUGCCUAUUGCCGUUUCAGUGAGGCGCAGAUUUGGAAAAAAUGAGUCAAGGCUAUGCCGAACGGCUAGUCAACUAAAUUUAUUGAGUUCUCGACAUUCCCUCGUGUAGAUCAUGCACUACAUAUGCUGUUAACGUAAAAGUAUUGACACGAAUUCCACAGUAACUUUUUAAAAUCUCGUAGAAUCAGGAUCUUUGAACAUAUUUACAAUUUCGUUAAUUAUCCAAUUAUAUUUGCACUCGAAAGGAGAACGUUUACUGCUCCGCUCCAUACUAUUCUAUCUAUCACCGCUGAUGUGAUAGUUACUUGAUUUUGAUAUAUACCUUAAUAUUGUAUUAGAUUCGAUUUUUCAACAAAAGGUUUGCUCAUUAAAGAAGUUAAGACUCUCGACCAUUUCCAAAUAAAAUCAACGUCAAAUAUAAACUUACAGAAAUAAGAACACUCUUAGAAACUUAUAUAUAUAUAUACACGUAUAGUGAAUUCACUCAGAGAACUUAGGGCUGUUGAACUGUUGUUUAGUGGAUUUCUUGAUCCGCAUUUUCACAAAUUUAGAGAUGUUGUUUCCCUAUCUAUGUACAUCUAUCUAUCCACCUAUCUCUAUAUCUAUACACAUGUUUACACCUGUUAACUGUUUCAAUUAAAUCUGAUCGCAAAGCGAAUUCAAAAAAUUUACUUAACUGUUCUUAUGCGCUGUUUCACGUUACUUAACAGCUACAAUAAUUUGGACUUUUAUAGAGUAAUAAUAAUUGAUAAUGAUAAAUGGAUUUAUUGUAUCACAUUUUCAUUUAAAACUAACUAAUUAUUGUGAUUAUACUUUCCCUUGUUUUAAUCUUUUCGAAUUGUUUACCCUGUACUCGAUGUGAGUUUUGUUGGUUAAUUAUUUUUAUAAGCUAACAUUUAAUUAUCCUUAGUGAAUCUAUUCUAAAGUUAAGCUACUUUUAAUGUAUAAAGUAAAUCAAAAUAAAGUGAAGUAAAAUUGAAAAUAA